CUGACCCACGAAACACGCCAUCUUCCAAAAUCAGUGAUAUUUUCUCUUUCUUCCAGAAAUGGUCGUUACUACUCUCGAAACAGACCCACGUCACCUUUCACCCCUCCCUUGAAAGUUGAAACCACCAUCUCACCAAACUGUAAUCCUACCACCUCAGAAUCCACUUUCUGUCCACCCGAAGACCAUCCCCAUGGCGUUUGUCAGCUCCCAGCUUUAACCCUUUUUAUUCUCUUUCCCUGAAGCUUCAUUCUGCCGCUACCCCUCUGCUUUAUGGAAACUCCUUUGGUUUUUCUUCUCUCUGCUUCUCUGCUAGCGUGAAAACAAAACAAUGCUGCUUUCGAUAUUUUUGGCUCUGUUUUUACCCUGUGCUGGCAUGAGCGUCGUCUUCGUGGUCUACAUCUGCCUCUUGUGGUACUCCGCCCUGGGCCAGCAGCCGGAGUUGCCAGCGCCGGUCAAGCCGGAGUCUGAGAAGGGACUCUCGGCGUCGGACCUCGACAAACUGCCCAAACUCGCUGGAAAGGAUCUCGUCGUGGGAGCGGAGUGCGCGGUAUGCUUGGACGAAAUAGAGAGUGACGCACCGGCCAGAUUAAUUCCCGGUUGCAAUCAUGGCUUCCAUCUCCAGUGCGCCGAUACUUGGCUCUCCAAGCACUCGGUUUGCCCUCUUUGUAGAGCCAUUCUCGGGCCUGAGUUUUUCAACACCUCUGAAAAUCCCUGCUAAAAUAGAAAACCGAAGAAUGAUCGCCUUCUCUGUUCUUUUUGCUCUGUAUGUAUUCGAUUUUUGAGAGCUUUUUCCUAGUUCUUCCAAUCAUAACCAGGUUUUAUGUUGUCCAUACCUGUUUUCCAAUGAAUACAGAAAUUUCAUAUUAUUAAUCUUAA